CCUUGUUCCGGUCGCGGAACGACACCGCACACUACGCAACCCAUCACCUACCAGUUCAAGGCUCUUAUGAGCUAGUACAGGCUUUUGGCACGCCUUUUCUCCCGCAAACGCGUCUCCCUUCGACUGUCGCAUCCGCCCUUCUAGCCGACGAAUAGCUGUAAAGCCGAGAUGAACCCAGCGCAUCGCGACGGGUGGCCGCCGACGCAGCCUGCUGUAUCGGUGACAGGUCAGCAGCAAACAGAGCAAGGCCAAGGCCAAGCGCCACGGCCACUGGGCUCAUUCGGGCCCAACAAUGCGAACCAGCAGCCGCCCUCUCAUGCGUCACCAGCGCAAGGCUCAGGACCCGUCCUGCCUCCACCGUCUGGAGCAUCGUUCUACUCAUCAAACGCUGCCGCGGCUCACAAUCAGAAUCUGCCCGCACUGUCUGGGCUGACCGGACAGCCACCUCAAGCGUCGCCGCAUCAGUCCGCGCAACGACCACCUUCGUCGGAGUCAGGGCCCGCCGCACAGAGCAUUCAGGGCACCCCGCAAGGGCCUCCAUACUCAUUGCCGGGAAUCUCUCAGACCCUCCAGCAGCCCCAUGGUCCAGCGGUGGGCCAAUCGAACAUGGACCGAGAGCGAGAGCUUCAUGAGCGGGAGACAAGAGAACGAGAGCUGAUGGAGUCGCAUGCUCAGCAUGCGGCGCAGCAAGAAGAGGUCGUCAAACGAGAAGCCGAGCAGCGAGAACGAGAGCUUCGUGAGCGACAACAGCAUGAGCAGGCCGCCCAUGAGAAUCACUCUGGGCCAAUACAGAUACACCAGCCUGUGGCUGUGGCUCCUUCGACACGGACGAUACAUGGACCCAAUGGCCUGCUUAGCCAAUCUGGUCCUCUCGGCGGUCCUGGGUCGCUUGCGGCCCCCUUGGGCGGACCGAAUGCUCCCAGCUCGAUGUUUGGGAAUGCGUCAGCGCAGCCAGUCCAGCAGGGAGAGGCAGCACCGAGGAUGCUGCACGCAGUGCAGCAGUCUCCACAGCCUUCCAUGCUCAUGUCCUUCGCUGGUCCGACUGGGCCAAUGGCGACGAUAGGUCAGGGUCAGCAACCUAUUCUCAAUGAUGCGCUUAGCUAUCUUGACCAAGUCAAGGUUCAAUUCGCGGAGCACCCCGACGUCUAUAAUCGAUUUCUAGACAUCAUGAAAGACUUCAAGAGCGGAGCGAUCGAUACCCCGGGCGUCAUUGAGCGAGUGUCUACGCUCUUCGCAGGGAAUCCGAACCUUAUCCAAGGAUUCAACACUUUCCUUCCUCCUGGGUACAAGAUUGAAUGCGGUACCAACGGCGAUCCUAAUGCUAUUCGAGUGACCACCCCUAUGGGUACAAUGGUCUCCACUAUGCCAGCUCCAAGGCCGCUUUCGCCGCCCCGUAGCGCAGCCGUGAACGGAAACGCGGCUCCGCAGAACGAACCAGGCUACUAUGAAUCUACCCAAGCGCGCAGCUGGGCACAAAAUAUUAGAGAUCUAAGGCCUCCUCAACCCCCGGAGACUCACGAAGCGGCCUUCUCACCCAACAACCGUCAUCUUGGACAGCCACUCUUUGGCGCGCAACAGGGACAGCUAGGACCUGCCCCGCUAUCUCCCGAGGCCGCUGCUCGGCCACAUCCAGAUGCGGUCGCUUCAGCCGCCGCGCUCGCCCACCAGCAGGAGCAGCGCGGGGUGUCUCAGCUUCAGAAUGCCGUCUCUGCAGCUGCUGGCCGCUCGAUCUUAUCGCCGAGCGGCGACACCUCGGCUCCUUUGCCCGGUCAGGCGAUAAACGGUGCAAUCCCUAGUGCCCAGGCUGGUGGUGUCGGCGCAGAAAAGCGAGGACCGGUCGAGUUCAACCACGCCAUUAGCUAUGUGAACAAGAUCAAGAAUCGGUUCGCAUCGCAACCAGACAUCUACAAACAGUUCCUCGAAAUCUUGCAGACCUACCAGCGAGAGUCGAAGCCUAUUCAAGAUGUCUACGCCCAGGUUACCAGUCUCUUUAGCUCUGCGCCCGACCUCCUAGAAGACUUCAAGCAGUUCCUGCCUGAGUCCGCUGCCCAACAUCGAGCUCAGCAGGCUGCAAGGCACAAUGAGGAGGCCAUGAUGGGCAAUGCGCGAGGUGACGCCGCAUACGGUCAAGCGCCGCCUCAUCAACAGACUCCACGGGCGGAUACUUCGCGGCUGCCUCCUAUGGGUAACUUCGCACCAACUCCUACCGCGAAUCGGGACAACAAGCGGAAACGCGGCGAGCGUCAAGGUGCGGGCGGUGCGGCAGCCGCCGCGCCCACGCCGAUGACUCAGGAAGUGACUACAUCUAGCAUGCGUAGCACCUACGGCCAAGGGAACGCGAACAAGCGUGCCAAAACAAGCCACCCCAAACAGCAACCGGUGGUUCCAGAUGGCCCUCCAGUGUCACCCACGUUGACGCCGGGUCAGCCUGAACCUAUGCCCCCAACCGCGACGACGAGCCCUAGCCAGGAUGAGCUGGCCUUCUUUGACCGCGUUAAAAAGUUCAUCGGUAACAAGAAUACGAUGAACGAGUUCCUGAAGCUUUGCAAUCUAUUCUCUCAGGACCUGAUCGACAAGUCAUUGUUGCUUUACCGGGCGCAGUCCUUCAUUGGCGGCAAUCAGGAGCUGUACGCCUGGUUCAAGAAGUUCCUCGGCGAAGAAGAUGAGCAGCAGUCGACGCGUCCAAAGACUGUCAAUUCGCGCGUAUCGCUCUCGAACUGCCGCAGCCUCGGUCCAAGUUACCGACUCCUUCCUAAGCGCGAGCGUGAGCGACUUUGCAGCGGGCGCGACGAGCUCUGUCGGUCCGUGCUCAACGAUGAGUGGGCGUCGCACCCUACCUGGGCCUCCGAAGACUCCGGUUUUGUGGCCCACCGCAAGAACCAGUUUGAGGAGGGGCUGCACAGGAUAGAAGAGGAACGCCAUGACUACGACUUUAAUAUAGAGGCAUGCAACCGCACAAUCCAGCAGCUUGAGCCUAUUGCCAAUCAACUACUCACUAUGAGGCCCGAGGACCGCGUCAAUUUCCAGCUGCCACCGGGUCUUGGCGGGCAGAGCGAGACCAUCUACAAGCGCGUGAUCAUGAAGAUCUACGGUCGUGAGAAGGGCAAGGACGUCAUCCGAGAACUGUUCCAGAUGCCCUGGAGUGUCGUUCCGGUCCUGCUCCACCGUCUCAAAGCUAAAUUGGAAGACUGGAAAGCUGCGCAGCGUGAGUGGGAGAAGGUCUGGCGCGACCAAACCCAGAAGAUCUUCUGGAAGUCUCUCGAUCACCAAAGCUUGUCUGUCAAGCAGGUGGACAAGCGCCAGUUCCAACCAAAGUCCCUGCAAAACGAGAUCCAGGUUCGCUAUGAGGAGCAGAAGCGUCGUCAAGAGAUCAACGAGAUCCCGCAGCCAGACUACCAGUUCAAGUUCUCGUUCAAGGAUGAAGAAGUUCUGUACGAUGUUGCGCGCCUCAUCCUUACCUUUGCCGAGAAUAGCACAGCUGCCGACUUUUCCAGGGUCAUCCCCUUCAUUAAGGAGUUCGUUCCCUUAUUCUUCGGCAUCGAUCCGGCCAAGUUUGAGCAGCGGGUCCAGAGUUUUGGCCGUGAGUCUUCGGCCAACGAGUCGGGAGAAGACACCCCGAGCGCCGAUGAGGAUGUGUCACAGCGGUCGCACAAGCACAAGAAGGGCGACCUUCGACGAGAUGUCCUUGACCCCCGCGGCAAGUCGCGCAAGGACAAGGAAGAAAGCAUCGCAUCGGCAAGCCGAGAUACGACUCCCGACGUUACUUCAGCAGCUGAGGACGAAGCUGCUGCAGACAGCGCGCGCCCAGUGGCACGCACACCCGCGCAGUGGGUUGACUAUACUGACCAGCCAACCGCAUUCGAGGACCGCGAGUAUGAGCCAGAGGAGCCGUAUCGGCGCACUGAGUACAACAUGUACGCUAACUCUUCGAUCUACUGCUUCUUUCGCAUGUUUGUGUACCUCUACGAGAGGCUCCUGAAGCUCAAGGAGAAUGAAGACGUCACCCGGAGGAUAGUUACACGCGCCAAGGAGGCCAAGCCCGCGCACGAGCUCAAGAUGAUGGACAAGCUCCCAUCGGACUUCUUCAAGAACACUUCCGAGACUGCGAACUACUACCAGCAGGUCCUUGACCUGCUCCAGGAUCAGAUUCUCGGCGAAAUCGACAUGGGCCAGAUCGAGGAGACUCUGCGACGAUACUAUCUGCAGGUUGGCUGGCAGCUGUACUCUUUCGAUCGGCUCUUAGGCUCGCUCGUGAGGUUUAGCCUUGCGGUGGUGAGCAACGACAACAAGGACAAGACUGUCGACAUCUACAACCUGUUCAAGAAGGAUCGCGUGAACGAGUCAACCACACAUAAGAACGAGAUCAGCUAUAGGAAAGCGGUCGAGAAAUAUGCGAAGGAUGCUGAUACCUACCGGAUCACCUAUGAUCCCAACAAGGCCGAAGCCCACGUGCGGCUGUUCAAGAAGGACGAUCCGACCUUUGAGUUCAACCAGGUCGACAAGGUCAAGCGGUGGCGUGCCUAUGUCGCUUCAUACAUGGCUGUCGAACCUACUGAAGAGCUCGACUACGCCCGUCUCCAGUGGCCCUACCUCAAGAACCGUCUCACAAAGGUCGAGGACCUCAAUGAGGAUGGCCGCUUCGAGCACAUCAAGAACAUGGAUAGGAUUACGGUCUCCAUCAGUCCGGCCAUGUAUACCAUGAAGUUCAUUGCGAGUGAGCCUUCUGGCAUUGGCGGUAUCCAGUACUUCGUCCAAUCAGACGCUACUCGCACCGGUCUGAGCGAGAGCGUGCCUAAACCGACAGAGGAGUACCAGGCCCUUCAGGAUGCUAGAGCGGACCGCGUCCAGGAGGUCUUGGUCCGCAACAACCAAUGGAUGAAGGACCUCAGCCGCGACGACGUGGAGGCGCGAAAAGUUGCAUUCAAGAAGGACAUGGAUGAGCCUCGCAAGGUGGAGAACGAGAGCGAUGACUCGGACGAGGAGAUGACAGCUCCUUACAUCUAAUUCGGGGUUUCCUCGGUCAUUCUAGGAAAGGACAUGUGCAUGUCUUUGGUUCUCUUUUCCAUGGCUUGGUGCAUUGGCGAAUAUGGACGGGGCAAAAUAAUAUCCGGGUUCGAUGUCUCAUUAGGGCUUCUGGUCUCGAUGUUUACCUCAGUCGUAGGCAUGAUACCUCAGCGGCGGUACGUGAUGGAGUCAUUUGUCACUCU